CGUGCUGCAUUGCUGCUGAUUGAUGCAGAUUGAUGCAUCGAGUUAAAACUAUUUAAAGCGUUAAAUUUUAAAAGGAAUCUUUGUACAGCGAGCGAAUUGUUCAAUCUGAGCAGAACCGAGAGUGUGAAAGCAGCUGAAGCUCGUGAUGCGCGCCGCGUGCUACACUAACCGCACUUUCGUGGAUGAUGAGGGGCGCGCGCCUCGAGACUCACCGGUCAGUGGACCAUCUGAACACUCCCAAAAGCUCGGUGAGGUGGUGCUGAAUGUUCAGCGACUUAAGAUGAUCACCGGCGAACCCGAAGUACCGCCCCUCCAGUUCCGUGUUCGUUUCGGAGAGCUGUUGCUAGGUGACCAGCCGUGCCAGAGUGAGGACAGGGUACAUGUGGAAUUCUAUGUGAAUGAGAACACCUUCAAGGAGAGACUCAAACUCUUCUUUAUUAACAACCAGCGCUCAAGUCUGCGCAUCCGAAUUUUCAACUUUUGUCUGAAGGUCCUGACCUGCGUGCUCUACAUCAUACGAGUGAUGACCGAAAACCCAGCUCAUCUUUGCAACACAUGGAAAAUGAUCUUUUGGGUGGAUAGGAAAACUCCUGUGUGGGCCAUUCAGGUGAUAGUAGCAUCCAUCAGUUUUCUGGAGGCCAUGCUUCUCAUGUACCUCACCUACAAGGGUAACAUCUGGGAGCAAAUAUUCCAGGUUGCAUUCCUGCUGGAAAUGUUAAACACUGUCCCCUUCAUCAUCACGAUCUUCUGGCCGACUCUAAGGAACCUCUUCAUCCCUGUCUUCCUUAACUGUUGGCUCGCCAAGCAUGCUUUAGAGAACAUGAUUAAUGACCUGCAUCGAGCCAUCCAGAGGACACACUCAGCCAUGUUCAACCAGGUUCUGAUUCUCAUCUGCACUCUGCUAUGCCUUGUCUUUACAGGCACCUGCGGCAUCCAGCACUUGGAGCGAGCCGGGAAGAACCGCCUGUCUCUCUUUAAUUCUCUGUAUUUUUGCAUUGUCACGUUUUCCACCGUGGGUUUUGGUGACGUGACACCUCAAAUUUGGCCCUCACAGCUGCUCGUGGUGGUCAUGAUUUGCGUUGCACUGGUUGUGCUGCCUCUACAGUUUGAGGAACUGAUCUAUCUGUGGAUGGAAAGGCAAAAGUCUGGAGGGAACUACAGUAGACAUCGUGCCCAGACAGAAAAGCACGCUGUGCUUUGUGUCAGUUCACUUAAAAUGGACCUGCUGAUGGAUUUUCUAAAUGAAUUCUACGCUCACCCACACACACAGGAUUAUUAUGUGGUCAUCCUCUGUCCAUGUGAGGCAGACAGCCAGGUUAGAAGAGUCCUACAAAUUCCACUUUGGUCUCAGAGGGUCAUCUACCUGCAAGGGUCUGCCCUCAAAAACCAGGACCUCCUUCGAGCCAAGAUGGACGAUGCGGAGGCCUGCUUCAUUCUGAGCAGCAGAAACGAACCAGAUCGAAUGGCUGCUGAUCAUCAAACCAUACUGAGAGCUUGGGCGGUAAAGGAUUUUGCCCCCAAUUGUCCCCUCUAUGUCCAGAUCCUCAAACCUGAAAACAAGUUUCAUGUCAAAUUUGCAGAUCAUGUGGUGUGUGAGGAGGAGUUCAAAUACGCAUUAUUAGCUUUAAACUGUCUGUGUCCUGCCACGUCCACUCUUGUCACUCUGCUCGUCCAUACAUCACGUGGACAGGAAGGUCAGCAGUCUCCUGAGCAGUGGCAGAGAAUGUAUGGCCGCUGUUCUGGGAAUGAAGUGUAUCAUAUCCGACUCAGUGACAGCAUGUUUUUCAGAGAGUUUGAAAGCAAGAGCUUUACCUACACUGCAUUCAACGCACACAAGAAGUAUGGGGUUUGUUUAAUAGGCAUGAAGAAAGAAGACAAUACGAGCAUCCUGCUAAACCCUGGACCCCAUCAUUUGAUGGCUGCUUCAGACACCUGCUACUACAUAAACAUCACCAAGGAGGAAAACUCUGCAUUCACUGUCAGAGAGGAAACAAGUCAUGGGAAGAGACAUAAACAGUGCAUUUUUAACAGCCCUUCUGAACUUCCUGUGCACAGCAUUAUUGCUAGUAUGGGAACCGUUGCAAUGGAUUUCCAAAACACUAGUCCAACCGGAGACACAACCAAGCUGGCUCCUCCUACAGAAAAUGGACCGGGAGGUCGCCGCACUAGCAUCGGUCCUGUUCUGGAGAUUGCUGAUACUUCCUCUUUGCUGCCAUGUGACCUUCUAAGUGACCAGUCAGAAGAUGAAGCCGGACACUCGGACGAAGAGGUGUCCUCUGCUUUCGAGUAUGUGAAAGGUUAUCCUCCAAACUCACCCUAUAUAGGAAGCUCACCAACGCUGUGCCAUCUCCUGCUGGAAAAAGCCUCACCAUGCUGCCUGCGUCUUGACCAGGCCUGUAAUCAUGUUAGCUUUGAGAAUGCUAAAGCGUAUGGCUUCAAAAACAAGCUUAUCAUCGUAUCAGCUGAGACAGCAGGAAAUGGCCUGUACAACUUCAUCGUGCCUCUACGAGCAUAUUACAGACCCAGAAGAGAACUCAACCCAGUAGUACUGCUACUGGAUAACCAGCCCGAUAAGCACUUCCUGGAAGCUAUAUCAUGUUUCCCAAUGGUGUACUACAUGGUUGGAAGCAUUGACAAUUUGGACAGCCUGUUACAGUGUGGAGUGCUGUAUGCUGAUAAUCUGGUGGUGGUGGAUAAGGAGAGCACAAUGAGUGCAGAAGAGGAUUACAUGGCCGAUGCUAAAACCAUCGUCAAUGUUCAGACCAUGUUCAGGUUGUUCCCCAGUCUCAGCAUCAUUACAGAGUUGACACACCCAUCCAACAUGCGCUUUAUGCAGUUCAGAGCCAAGGACAGUUACUCACUAGCCCUGUCCAGAUUGGAAAAGAAGGAGCGUGAUAGAGGUUUUAAUCUGGCCUUCAUGUUUCGUCUGCCUUUUGCUGCUGGUCGAGUCUUUAGCAUCAGCAUGCUGGAUACACUCCUCUACCAGUGUUUUGUUAAAGACUACAUGAUCUCAAUCACGCGGCUGCUUCUGGGGCUGGACACCACACCCGGAUCAGGAUACCUGUGUGCUAUGCAUGUGAGCGAGUGUGACCUUUGGAUCCGUACAUAUGGAAGGCUGUUUCAGAAGCUCUGCUCAACAAGUUCUGAAAUCCCUAUCGGCGUCUACCGAACAGAGUCAUUUUCUUCAUCUGAGUCACAAUGUUCAAGUAGCACAGAAGGCUGGGGAAACACCAGGGAAAAGGAAAAAGAAUCUAACGCCAUGACACGCAGUUCCUCAGAAAGCGACCAAUCAGAUCCCUCAGUUCUAAGGAGGAAGAGCAUGCACUGGACGAGGCGCCUAAGCAGGCGAGCGAUGAAGAGGAGCGAAUCUGCUUUUUUCACAGGCCAGACCAAGUGUGGCCAGUCCCGCCUUUCAGAGAGGGCAGAACUAACAGAACUCGUCAGGAACCGGAGGCAGCACCUCUGCCUUCACACAGGAUUCAGUGAGCUGAAUGACCAGCAGAACUCACUCUCUUACGUUCUGGUGAAUCCCGGCCCUGACACUCGCCUCCAGCUCAACGAUAUUGUGUUCCUGAUCCGACCAGAUCCACUGGCUCACAUUCCAGAUGAGAACCAGUCUCGUCCAAAUCAGAGCUGAACCACAGUUAUGUCACAGUUAU